AUGUCUUCGCAGUUUCUGUACACCUCGAUGUAUAGCAAUACUCGCGACGCAUUCGACUACUCCGUAUUCUCCGUACCAGCCGUAUUUCCCGGACCAACGACAGACAACAUCAUCUGCCCUCCUCAUCCCGGUAAUAUGUCGCAUUGCCACCCGGCCUCUGGCGAUGGAAACGCCCAAUACGCCGGCCUCUACAACCAAAUGAAUUGCUUCGAGCACAGCGCGCCGCUAGUGGGUAUACGAGAGACGUUCGUGCCCAUUUUCCCAGCAGCUGCAGGCUUCGAGAUGGGCGCUGGAGAUGGAGCAGCAACAUCUCAUGUGGUCUCAUCCGACUCCGCACAGGCGACCGUGCCUCCCGGUCUAGUCAUGGCUGAUGGUCCUGGUUUGAGUCAAUACUCAGAGCCAGAUCCGUUUCCUCAUAUCGAUCCGUACAUCCUGGAUCUCAUCGCGACGGAGGCCGGAAUGGGUGGCCUCAAUAGGGCACCAUGGCUCUACACGCCUCCCGGACAGGAAAUCAACAACACCGAACAAACCAACGGCGCCAGCGAGGAUGCCACCGAAUCUGAGGGGCAUACAUGCCUCCUCGCCGAAUCUUCCGCGGCCCGCGCGUAUCGGCUCGCACAGCCACGCAAAUCCGCGAAGGCUUCCAAGGAAUCAUGGUAUAUUGAGAUAGCAUUUGAGUCUCCACGAGAAAAGUGGGACGAGCCGCCGGCAUUUGCCGUGGACCGAUCAGGGCCCGGGCUGCAACACGUUUUCAUUCUCUUUACGCCGAUCAAGCUGCGGCGCGACGAUAUUGUAUUGCAUCUUCCAGACCAGCAGCGUUUCAGUGAUGGCUUCUGGCGCCUAGAGACUCGCGGAGGCCUCGGAACUGCCACAUGA